CCCUGGCCCGGGACCAGCUGCGCGGCUAUAAACGAGCUGCGGCGAGGCCGGCGGACCGCUGUGACAGCCACGCGCUCCGAGGCCUCCACGAUGAGCUACGCGCUGGACCCGCUGGGCAACCCGGCCGCCUACCGGCGGAUCGCCGAAACCCGCUCGGGCUUCAGCCGGGUCAGCGGCUCCCCGUCCAGCGGCUUCCGCUCGCAGUCCUGGUCCCGCGGCUCGCCCAGCACCGCGUCCUCCUCCUACAAGCGCAGCAGCGCGCUCGCCCCGCGCCUCGCCUACAGCUCGGCCGAGAGCAGCCUCGACUUCAGCCAGUCUUCGUCCCUCCUCAACGGCGGUUCCGGCGGCGGCGACUACAAGCUGUCGCGCUCCAACGAGAAGGAGCAGCUGCAGGGGCUGAACGACCGCUUCGCUGGCUACAUCGAGAAAGUGCACUUCUUGGAGCAGCAGAACAAGGAGAUCGAGGCGGAGAUCCAAGCGCUGAGGCAGAAGCAGGCCUCGCACGCCCAGCUGGGCGACGCGUACGACCAGGAGAUCCGAGAGCUGCGCGCCACCCUGGAGCUGGUGAACCACGAGAAGGCGCAGGUGCAGCUGGACUCCGACCACCUGGAGGAAGACAUCCACCGGCUCAAGGAGCGCUUUGAGGAGGAGGCCCGGCUGCGCGACGACACCGAGGUGGCCAUCCGCGCGCUGCGCAAAGACAUCGAGGAGUCGUCGCUGGUCAAGGUGGAGCUGGACAAGAAGGUGCAGUCGCUGCAGGAUGAGGUGGCCUUCCUGCGCAGCAACCACGAGGAGGAGGUGGCGGACCUGCUGGCGCAGAUCCAGGCGUCGCACAUCACGGUGGAGCGCAGAGACUACCUGAAGACCGACAUCUCCACGGCGCUGAAGGAGAUCCGCUCGCAGCUCGAGUGCCACUCCGACCAGAACAUGCACCAGGCCGAAGAGUGGUUCAAAUGCCGCUACGCCAAGCUCACCGAGGCCGCGGAGCAGAACAAGGAGGCCAUCCGCUCCGCCAAGGAGGAGAUCGCCGAGUACCGGCGCCAGCUGCAGUCCAAGAGCAUCGAGCUCGAGUCGGUGCGCGGCACCAAGGAGUCCCUGGAACGGCAGCUCAGCGACAUCGAGGAGCGCCACAACCACGACCUCAGCAGCUACCAGGACACCAUCCAGCAGCUGGAAAACGAGCUUCGGGGAACCAAGUGGGAAAUGGCUCGUCAUUUGCGAGAGUACCAAGAUCUCCUCAACGUCAAGAUGGCCCUGGACAUCGAGAUCGCUGCCUACAGGAAACUCCUGGAGGGUGAAGAGACAAGGUUUAGCACAUUUUCAGGAAGCAUCACUGGCCCGAUAUAUACACACCGACAGCCCUCAGUCACCAUAUCCAGCAAGACUCAGAAAACCAAGGUGGAGGCCCCCAAGUUAAAGGUCCAACACAAGUUUGUCGAGGAAAUCAUAGAAGAAACCAAAGUGGAGGAUGAGAAGUCAGAAAUGGAAGAUGCUCUGACGGCCAUUGCAGAGGAGUUGGCCGUUUCCUCAAAAGAAGAGGCAGAAGAAAAGGAAGAGGAACAAAAAGCUGAGGAAGAAGUGGUGGCUGCCAAGAAGUCCCCAGUGAAAGCUGCUGCCCUUGAAGUGAAAGAGGAGGAAGAAGAGGAAAAGGAGGAAGAAGAAGGCCAGGAGGAAGAAGAGGAGGAAGAUGAGGGUGCUAAGUCAGACCAAGCUGAAGAGGGCGGAUCCGAGAAGGAAGGCUCAAGUGAAAAAGAUGAAGCCGAGCAGGAAGAAGAAGGAGAAGCAGAGGCAGAAGGGGAAGAAGAAGCCAAAGCGAAAAAGGAGAAGAAAGUUGGCGAGAAGCGUGAGGAGGUGGCGGCCAAGGAGGAGCUGGUGACAGAAGCCAAGGUGGGAAAGCCAGAGAAAGCCAAGUCGCCUGUGCCAAAGUCCCCCGUGGAAGAGGUGAAGCUGAAAGCAGAAGCUGUGGCAGGGAAAAGUGAGCAGAAAGAGAAGGAGAAGGUGGAGGAAGAAAAGAAAGAAGUCACCAAGGAAGCUCCCAAAGAAGAGAAGGUGGAGAAAAAGGAGGAGAAGCCAAAAGAUGUGCCAGAGAAGAAAGCCGAGUCCCCAGUGAAGGAGAAAGCCGUGAAGGAGGUGGUCCCCAAACCAGUAAAGGUGGGCGCCGAGAAGGAAGCCAAGGAGGAGGAGAAACCUCAGCAGUGGGAGGAGAAGGAGAAAGAGAAAGAGAAGGCAGAAGAGGAGGGAGGGAGUGAAGAAGGGAGUGAUCAAGGCUCAAAGGAAUCCAGGAAGGAAGACAUAGCUGUCAAUGGGGAGGUAGAAGGAAAAGAGGAGGAGGAGGAGGAAAAGCAAGAAACUAAGGAAAAGGGGAGUGGGAGAGAAGAGGAAAAAGGCGUGGUCACCAAUGGUUUAGACGUGAGUCCAGCAGAUGAAAAGAAAGGGGGUGACAGGAGCGAUGAGAAAGUGGUGGUGACCAAAAUGGUAGAAAAAAUCACCAGUGAGGGGGGCGAUGGUGCUACCAAAUACAUCACUAAAUCUGUGACCGUCACCCAAAAGGUUGAAGAGCAUGAAGAGACCUUUGAGGAGAAACUAGUGUCAACUAAAAAGGUAGAAAAAGUCACUUCACAUGCUAUCGUAAAGGAAGUCACUCAGAAUGACUAAGAAUUGAGUCCCCUCCAAAAGGUUAAGCCAUAUGACAACUUCAAAAUGCAUGUGAUUGACAGCUUCAAACAGGACGGGUUCUCCCAUGGGGGCUCCAGGUGUUGUAUUUUACUUUGUGCAAUAUGAGGGAACUGCAUGCAAGCUCAGGGUGCCCCCUCCUCAGUCUUUGGGGGAUUCAAAUGCAUGAUAUUGUAUGUAUCUGGGGAAUUUGCCAAUUUCCUAAGCUGUUGGAAGGGGGGCACUAAGGGGAGGAUAUCUUGAGAUGUAUUAUGCAAAGUACCAACUGAGCCAAAAAUAAUAAGUGAAACACAGAAGUCUCUUAGCCUUAAGAAAGCUAUAUAUGAAUAAUUAUGUUUACCUCACUGGUGCAUUUAAAAUGGACUUUCAUUCAUGGGAGAACCUCGCUGACAUGCACAGUUUGCAAACUUAUGUUGAUCGAUGUUAAAUGUCACAGCAGUAUUUGCUCAAUAAAGGUCAUAUUGGAAACAUA